AUGAAUAAGUCGCCGGAAUCGCUAAUCAGUCAGAUCACCGCCAUAAUCGGAGGGCGGUUCUCCUAUUGCUUGUUUUCGAGCUCUAAAUCACAAGGGUACCUCCGAUUCGGAAAUGACAUCAUCAAAGGUAAAGGACAAGUACAAACGACACCAUUAGUGCAUCAUCUUUACUACCCUCACGCGUACGCGUUGGAGUUGAUCGACAUAAGUAUCGGAAAUUUACGGCUGAAAAUUAACCACAAGGACGGAUUUUCCUCCACUAGGAGAAACACGGGUUUUGUCAUCGACACAAGCACUAUAUUCUCGAAAAUUAAUCGAGCGGCUUACGCUAGAAUUCAAAAGGUGUUUGCUUAUAGAUUCGAUAAGUUUAAGCUCAAGAAAAAGUCGGUGCAAAAAUUCGACCUUUGCUAUGAAAUGGUUCCGAAGUUGAAGUUGAAGGUGGAGGAAGUGCUUGUAUCUAUGACGUUUCAUUUCGCGGGUGGCGCGGAUUUUAGGGUUGGGUAUGAAAAGGUUUUUCUUUUGAAUAAGGACAAGAGUUUGUUUUGCAUCGGGAUUGUGCCGAGUGACGGGGUGAGUGUGUUGGGGGCAAUGCAGCAGCAUAAUACGAGGUUUACGUAUGAUUUGAACAAGGGGACUGUCUCGUUUUCGCCCGAGGAUUGUGUUGCUAGUGAUAGAAAUCCAGCAUGA